AUGGUCCGCCUACCGCUUCCUCACCGGCGCAGUGGGAACCGUUCCCCCAAGAUUGGCGCUGCCUCUUCUCAAGAUGACCUCUCUGCCUCCUCGACCGGGACUUCCGAGACCAAAUACCCGUUGAUCUUGAAGACGCAGGUUAUCAGCGGCCGCAAUCUAGCUGCAAAGGAUAGGAAUGGCAUGAGUGAUCCCUACCUGGUGGUCACGCUAGGUCAUGCAAGAGAGUCCACCCCGACAAUCAGCAAGACUCUGAACCCAGAGUGGAACGUCUGCUUUGAUCUGCCGAUUGUUGGAGUCCCGCUGCUCGAAUGCGUCUGUUGGGAUAAGGAUAGGUUUGGCAAGGAUUACAUGGGCGAGUUUGAUAUCGCACUGGAAGAUAUAUUCUCAAAUGGCCAGGUUCAGCAGGAG